AUGGGUUAACGAUUAUGAUAUGUAUCAAGAUUGAAAUUUUUUCAAAAUUCGAAAAGUAUAGGGAUUCAGAUUGAUUUAAUUGGAAAAUACACAUGGUACAAGGCUCAUGACUAAAAUUGACCAACUUGAAAAGGACAUGGACUAAAACUGGUCAAAUUAAAAUAUAGAGACUAAAUCACAACUUUUGUAAACUGUAAGGACUACUAGCAGAAUUUGACCUAUUUGUAAUUGUUGAACUUGAUGUUUAACUCAAGUCUUAUACGAGGUGAUAUGUGAUAAGUUGGGGAUUUAUCUUGUAUAAACAAGAUUUUAUUGGCAUUGACCAAGUCUAAUGGAUUCACCAAAAUUAGCAAAUACAAACCCUUCCCAAAAAUAGCUGAAAGCCAUCCAUCACAAAAAUUAAAGCAAACCAUUUGUUUAAUAUGGUAAAACUUCAUCAAAAAGCUGAUCACCGUCACCAAAAAUGACAAGCUCAUAUUACAUGCCAUUGUUUUUCACUUGGACCCAAAACCUCUCUCUUUCUGGUUGUGGUGGUGGUGGUAGUGGUGGUUUCGAUUCGUUUUUGCUGGUUUGAGGCCAUUAAUGGUGACUCCACCGGCACGAAAAGUAAUGGUGGUAGCUGACCCGGCUCCCCAUUCUGCGGCAGCCCUCCAAUAUGCACUUUCUCAUGCAUUGUUAGAACAAGAUGAACUCAUCCUUCUUCAUGUUGAAAACACUAGCUCAUGGAAGAACACAUUGACUACUUUCUUAAAGAGGCCAACAAUUGCUUCAGCUGCUAAUGCUAUGACACCUAAUAUUUCUUCCGGUCCGGAUUGGGGUUCCACCGAUGUUAAUUUCCUUGAUCAAAUGAAAUAUGCAAGUGAGAUUGCUCAGCCCAAAAUCCCUGUACGUAUAGAGAAAAUCGAUCCGGAUGGUAAAGAUAAAGCUACUGUGAUCCUUUCUAAAUCUAAAGAUCUUGGUAUUGAUCUUAUUAUUAUUGGCCAAAAACGGAGCCUCUCUUCAGCAAUUCUUGGAUAUAAACGACCUAGCGGAUCGAUGAAAGGAUCGAAAUUGAUAGAUACAGUAGAUUAUUUGAUUGAGAACAGCCCAUGCACCUGUGUUGGAGUGCAGAAAAAGGGUCAAAAUGGAGGAUAUGUCCUCAACUCCAAGACCCAAAAGAAUUUUUGGCUAUUGGGAUGAUUUUUCUUUUAGACUUUUCAUCAUAUUCCAAUACUCAGUUUCAUCAUCUCAACUGAGCUUUCUUAUUAUUUUCCCUUUUUUUUUGGUCCUUCAGCUGGAAUACUUCAAAGAUUUGUAAAUAUUUUGGAACUCUGGAUAUGCAGCUGAAAACCAAAGCCUUUUUUUUUUUUCCAAGUUUUUCUUUAAAUAUUUGUUAAAUAUGUUCGUAUUUGACACAUCUAAAUUCUGAGUAAUAUAGAUGCAAAUUAAACAUUUCAGUACCGAAGGCAUAUCAAAAUCCGAUAUUAACU